AUGAACAAUCCUUCAAAUGAUGGUAAUUCUCUUAAUCAGCGGUCUGUUUUUUUCAUUGACGCCAGCAAUCCGGAAAUUGCAAAUCAAACCAUUUCUACCAGUAGCAGCCAUCCAUUCGUCAAGCCACCCUUCCCACCUGUAAUUGAUGUUCGUGAAUUGAUCACCAAACAAAAUAAUGGUAAAUUGCCUACAAGGUCUCCAAACGCUUUUAUCAUUUACCGUAAAGUUUUUCUGGAUACAGCUCAGGCUGAUGGCUACACAUUACCAAUGACUGUUAUUUCAGCAAUGGUUUCCAAAUCUUGGGAAAGUGAACCUCAAUAUGUUAAAGACGAAUAUAAGAAACUUGCAAAGGAAGCAUUCAAUCGUCUCAAUGAGAUGAACCCAAAAUCGACUAAACCUAAUAAAAGAGAACGUUGGAAUUUUGUUUCUUUUGAUCAAAAAAAUAAAUCUUCUAAACCUCGUCUUAACAAAAAUGUCAAACAACCUGGAAACAAAAAUGAAAAUAGAAAUAAAAAUUUUAAAUCAUCUGUCACUAUUGUUGGAAAUAACGACAACAACAUUAACAAUACUCCAAAUAUCGCCAAUACAGUUGAUUUAUUGACUUUUGAUGAUUAUGAUUAUUUCAACAACAACAACAUUACUCCAUUGUUAUCAUUUUCACCUUCUUCAACAAAUUCUUCGCCUAACAUUUCAUCUAAUUACGAUUUAUUCAUUAACAACAUCGCUGAUAAUAAUAACGACAUUUUUAUUCAAAAUAUGUUAGACACAUCAUCUUUUACAGCAAAUCUUAAUAAUUCUCAAAAUAUUUUAAAUCAAUAUUUAAAUCCUUUCGAUCAAGAUAUAAUUGGAUAUCUUUUCAAAUAUUAUCGACACUAA